UGAUAACGUGGCAUGCAGUUUGGACUCGGUGGCAACUUGUCAUCUCCAUUAACUCUGCAAAUCAAAAGCUCCAUUUCCCCCAAAUCAUCUUCUUCUGAGCAGAGAUCAGAUCAAAUCAAAUCAAAUCCAUGGAGUUUUUUCCCAUUCAAUUUCUCCUUUCCAUCGUUCUUCUUCUUUCCGCUUCAUCUUCUUCCUCCAGCAUCACCGUUACACUCCCCCUCACUGCCUUCCCUUCGCUUCCACUUACUCAUCCAUGGAAAAACAUCAAGCAUCUUGUCUCUGCUUCCCUCGCCAGAGCUCAACACCUCAAGACCCCAAAAACUAAAUCAAAUACUUCCAUUCAGAAUGUUGCUCUGUUCCCUCGUAGCUAUGGAGCUUAUUCAAUCUCUCUCGCCUUCGGAACUCCACCGCAGAGUUUAUCCUUAGUUUUCGAUACUGGAAGUAGUCUCGUCUGGUUCCCAUGUACUGCCGGUUACCGCUGUUCCAAUUGUUCGUUUCCCAAUGUCGAUGCUGCAACGAUUCCGAAAUUCAUCCCCAAAUUAUCUUCCUCUGCGAGGAUUAUUGGUUGUCGAAAUCGAAAAUGUUCUUGGAUUUUUGGCCCUAAUUUGAAGUCCUCGUGUAGAAGUUGUAGCCCUAGAUCGCGAAAAUGCUCCGAUACUUGUCCUGGAUAUGGCAUUCAAUACGGCUCUGGCGCAACUGCCGGGUUCCUCCUCUCUGAAACGCUCGAUUUCCCCGAGAAACGAGUUCCGGAUUUUCUCGUCGGUUGUUCCGUCUUGUCCGUUCAUCAACCAGCCGGCAUUGCUGGAUUCGGCCGCGGUCCCGAAUCGUUGCCCUCGCAAAUGGGACUGAAACGAUUCUCCCAUUGCCUUGUUCCACGCCAGUUCGACGACUCGCCAGUGAGUAGCCCUCUCGUACUAGACUCCAGUCCGGAAUCCGGCGAUUCGAAGACUAACAGUCUCAUCUACGCACCGUUCCGAGAAAAUCCAUCAGGAUCCAACGCCGCAUUUCGAGAGUACUAUUACCUUACUCUUCGGAGAAUCCUCAUCGGCAGAAAGCCGGUGAAGUUCCCGUACAAAUACCUCGUGCCAAACUCCGCUGGAAACGGCGGUGCGAUCAUCGAUUCCGGUUCGACGUUCACGUUUCUAGAUAAACCAAUUUUCGAAGCCGUAGCGGAAGAGUUGGAGAAACAACUGGUGAAAUAUCCCCGAGCUAAGGGCGUUGAAGCAGAGUCCGGUUUGAGGCCGUGCUUCGAUAUAUCCAAGGAGGAAUCAGUGGAGUUUCCGGAACUGAUUUUGAAAUUUAAAGGCGGAGCGACGCUGGCUUUGCCGCCGGCGAAUUACUUGGCGUUGGUGACGGAUACCGGCGUGGUGUGCUUAACGAUGAUAACGGAUGUAAACUUCCUCGGCGGCGGCGGUGGGCCGGCGAUUAUAUUCGGGGCGUUUCAGCAGCAGAAUGUUUUGGUGCAGUAUGAUUUGGCGAAGGAGAGAAUCGGAUUUCGGAAGCAGAGAUGCACCGGAAAUUGAUCAUGAAUAUAAUUGCGGUAAAAAAAUAAUAAUAAUAAAAAAGAAUA